CCAUCCUCCACCUCCGAUGAGUCACUCCAUGCUACAGACAAAGCAAUGCAUAUAUAGAAGACGGAUGUGGCUUUGACAACGCAUCAUUUACCACGAAAGAAAAGCAUAUUUACCCAUGUUUUGAAGGUCACUUCUUAGUACCGCUACUUCAUCCACUUACACCUGAUUUGUUUGGAGCCAUUGUUCACUUAAUGACCUGAUAAUUUUUUUCAAAAACUAAUGUUUGUCUGCAUCGCAACUUUAUUUCAGAACGCUUCUUCCAAUGUUUACCAAUCUUACCUAGUGAAGUGGGUUGUGGCACGAUAAUUUCUCAUUCUUACCUUUCCACGAGCGCCGUCUUUCUUCCAACGUUCCUGCCAUUCCUUAAGCGUAAUUCUUUUUUUAGUUUACCAGCACAUCAAUUUUCUUAAUCUUCUUUCAUCUCAAUGCGGAUUUGAGGACAUUUAGCAACUUGAUAACACAAAACGCGGCUGGAAUAAUCAGUCCCAGACCCGCGAAUCAGCGGCUGACGUCUGCUUUCCACGUUGGAAUAGCCCAACUGACGCCGGCCGGCCAGAGGCCUUGGCACGCAGAGACAUCUAUCGGGAGUAAAUUCCCUGGAUUGCCCCAUUUACGUGGCCGAGCUACAGCAUGUCCCAAGUCUGUGCCUGUUCUCCAAUUGCGAAUGUGGUGAUGUUCCCUGAAUAAAGCGUAAUUUCUACGACAGGAGGCUGUCACAACGCUCCUGACCAAACACUACAUACACUGAUCAAUGACUAAGAUGCACUUCGCAGCGCUGUCGGGUGGACCGUGUUGUUUUACCCGUUGUUCACAUGCCAUCGGCGAGUUUCAGACGCGGUUUUCCUGGCUGAUCUGCGACGUGGCCGGGUCGGAAGUCGAGCCAGCGAGACCGGCAGCGAAGAUCGGCCGUCGCCUGCCGCUGGGUGACCAUGCUGUGUGCGGCCGGUGUGUCUGUGCGGGCCGGCGUGCCGUGCGUGGUCGGCCGGCGUCUGCUCGGCCUGGCGGCGCCGCUGUGCGGCCGGCCGACCGGCAGGCGGGCGCUGCUCACUGAGGAGGAGAGGCGGGACGCCCUGGCGCCGCUGCUCGGCACGGGCUGGACGCUGUCGGCCCAGCAGGACGCCAUCCAGAAGACGUUCCGCUUCGCCAAUUUCCGCCAGGCGUGGGCGUUCAUGUCGCGCGUGGCGGAGGAGGCGGAGCGCCACAACCACCACCCGGAUUGGAGCAACUGCUACGGCCGCGUCGACGUCACGCUGACGUCACAUGACGUGCGCGGCAUCAGCCGUCGCGACGUCCAGCUGGCGACAUUCGCCGACACGGCUGCCGCGGUGACGUCAGAGUGACGUCAUGGGACGAGUUUCGUGGAGUUGGUUGCUGGUGCGACGUCUGGCGCGAGUGACUUCAGGCGGUAAUGUUCGCCGGUGUGACGUCAUAUGACGGCGUUCGUCUACGCCGUCACCGAGGUGACGUCUUAUAGUGAGCUUCGCUGCUGCGGCCGGUGCUGUGAUUUUGGAAUUACGCUGCGUUUAUUCUCCACGGGAAUAAAAUGUUUCUCGCAAUCACGGUCUUUGAGGAGA